AUGAAACUCCCAGCCCUCCUCCUUUCGACCCUGCUGGCCACGGCAACGGCAGCGCGCACCCGUCCCGGCGAGCGUAUCGCCUCAGUCUACGUUCAGCCCCUCGCUGCUGCGCCCGACGCUCGCCCGACCCUCCUCGCCGAAAUCGCUAUCAGCACCCCUCCUAAGGCCGGGGCCUCAACACAACAGGCACAACAGGGACAGCAGCAAGUGUUGAAGGAAGAUGAUUUCUACGGCUCAGGGGAUAACGAUGAAGAGGAGGUCUACAGCGGUACUGGUGGGAGGAGGGCGAGGGUAAUGUCUUACGAUCCUCCAACUCUCCCAGAAGAGGGAGACAGCACCACCCCCAACAACCUCGUUCGCAUCGGCCUUUACAACCCCACCACCUCACGCUGGGAAUCCGCCACAACCGUCCUCUCAGCAGAGAACUUUUCUAAGGGCUACGCACCGCACUUUGUUCUCACUGUUUCCAGCGAAGAGAUACCCUCUGAUCAGGAUGAGAGGGAGCACAUUCUAGGGGUGUCUUGCCGUGGGGUGAAGAUUGAUGCGGGGCAUACGCGGGACUUUGGCCCCAAGGCGGCAGUCGUGGAGAUUGGCAAGGGGGGGAAGCCUGUGUUGGAAAGGAGGAAUGUGGUGUUGGACGAGAAUGGGAGACGGGUGGCUGUGGAGGGGGAGGAGAAGACUUUCUUUCAGAAAUACUGGUGGGCAAUUGCUCUUAUUACGUUCAUGAUGCUUGCUGGAGGUCCAGGAGAGGAGCAGAAGUAA